AUCAAUAAUCUGAAACGUCAACAUGACCGUGAUGGUGAAGGAAUUUGAUAAUCAAGUUGUAAUUUCUUAUUAAUUAAUUUAAACUAUCAAUUGUAUUUAUAGCGCUUUGUAAAAGCAAACACAACAUUUAACAGAGUGUUUUAUAAAUAUGUAGAGUGUUUUGUCGUUUUCGUUUAUAUCUAGUCUUUAGCGAAUAAAAUCAGAAUGUCGCUGCCAGGAAAUGGAAUAUUUGUGGUCCAGGGUGAGAUGGCCAUGCUGGUCACUGCCAUGCGACGGAGCAUACGAUGGGGCUCACACUCCUUCCCUAACGAGGAGUACGACGUCCUUAUGAGAACCUUCCAGGACCUUAAGACAAUAUUGAACCAAGUCGGGGAUUUGCGACUGCUUGAUCCACCGACUUAUUUAAGCCCCUUUCUGGAGGUAAUCCGGAGUAAAGAAACAACUGGACCAGUCACAAACCUUGCUCUUUCUGCUAUACAUAAAUUUUUAUCAUAUGGACUUAUAGAUCCAACUCAUCCGAGUGUACCUGCAGUGGUUGAGGACAUAGCAGAUGCAGUCACGCAUGCUCGGUUUGUUGGCACUGACCACUCCUCGGAUGGUGUGGUGCUUAUGAAAAUUUUACAAGUCCUCCGAACUUUGAUGCUAAGUCCAGAAGGUGUCAUGUUGACAGAUGAAAGUGUCUGCGAAAUUAUGCUGAGCUGCUUUAGGAUAUGUUUUGAAACCCGACUAACAGAGUUACUCCGUCGCAAUGCUGAUCAGUGUCUGCGCGACAUGACGCAGCUGAUCUUCAUGCGGCUGCCGCAGUUCCCGCCGGAAGACGGCGACGCGCACCUUGCGACGCUUAGCCUCUCACUCAAGAAGAGAGACAAAGCUACUAAAAAGAAAUCUAUUACCACCGCACAUAGUACAAAUUCGCUGGAUAGGAAAUCAUCCCUAACAGACAGGGGGACAUCCCCCAGUGUUGACAAUGUAGACGUAGAUACGAAAAUCGACGCUUCAACAACACCUAACCAAGACAGGAACCUGAUGAACGAGGCGGAGAUUACCAUAGAGCCGAUAGAGGUGAAGAGUCCGGGCAAGAAGCACGCGCGACAUUCAUCCAUGGACCUGGCGCACAGCAACCCCUCCAUCUCCCAGCUGCUGGAGAAGUGCGUCAGCAGCACCGACACCUGCAAAGACCUCGAGGACCACUGUCAGCUUGAUGGAGACACAAAAGAUGAUGUCCCACAACCCGAGGAAGAGGUGAAAGAUGAGACUCAAAAGGAGGAGGAGAAACUGGAGGAGUACGUAAACCCCCGCGGCAUCAGGUUCACGCCGCAGGAGGAGACGCCCAACCUGCAGCCGUACGGCCUCGUCUGCGUCAGGGAACUCUUCAGGUUCGUGAUAUCGCUGUGCAACCCGCUGGAGACGCAGAACACGUCGGCGAUGGUGCAGCUGGGGCUGGCGCUGGCCGGCACCGCGCUGGAGGUGGCGGCCGACCUGCUGCCGCGCUACCCCGCCCUCAUGCUGCUGCUGCGCGACCCGCUCUGCCGCAACCUGCUCAGCUUAUUAGAUACAGAAAGAAUAUCAAUAUUCGCACUCGACUUGCAAGUGUCUUUCCUAUUAUUCGAAUCGUUGAGGUUCCAUCUUAAAUUCCAAAUGGAGGCAUUCUUUAAGAAAAUCAUUGAAAUUAUAUCCGAAGACACAUCUAAAUCUAUCUACGAAUUAAAAGAAAUACAUCAUUUGGCACUAGAAAGUCUAGCUCAGAUGUUCAGAAUACCUGGAUUUUGCGCCGAAUUAUAUCUAAACUACGACUGCGAUAUUUACUGCAUGAAUGUGUUUGAAGAAAUAACUAAAUUAUUAUCUAAAAAUGUGGUAUCUUCGAGCGAUUAUAAUGUCCAUACUUUAUCAUUGGAAGCUUUGAUGACGAUAAUAGAAGCUAUAGAGAUGGGGACUAGUCAAAAAAUGGAGAAGAAUGAGAUAGAGAUAAGUGAGGAGGAGAAAGGUGUGGAGGUGUUGGGGAGGGGAGGGCAGGUGUCAUUGGAGCUGGGUGGCAUGGACGAUGUGUCAGUGGUGAGCGACCACGUGACGCAUGACAUCAGCCUGUACGUGUCGGGCGCGCGCGCCGCGCGACACCCGCCCACGGGGAAACUGCCCACUGAAGCAGAGCUGGAUAAUAUUAAGAAUAUGAAAAAAUGGGUGACGCAGGGCACGGAGCUGUUCAACCAGAAGCCGGAGCGCGGGGUGGAGUUCCUGCAGGAGCACGGCGUGCUGGCCACGCCCCUCGACCCGCACCAGGUCGCACUCUUCCUCAGGGAGAACCCAGACUUGGAUAAGAAGAUGAUAGGAGAGUACAUCUGCAAGCGGUCGUCGCGGGGCGAGGAGGGGGCGGGGGCGGGCGAGGGCGUGUCGGGGGGCGUGUCCGUGCUGUCGGCGUUCGCGGACAGCUUCGAUUACCGCGGACAGCGCAUCGACGUCUCGCUGCGACAGUACCUGGAGACCUUCCGACUGCCCGGGGAGGCGCCGCUCAUCUUCCUUGUCAUGGAGAAGUUCGCCGAGAGGUGGCAUACGACAAACGGAUCGCCGUUCGCGAACACGGAUGCCGCGUUCCGUCUGGCGUACGCCAUCAUCAUGCUGAACAUGGACCAGCACAACUACAACGCCAAGAAGCUGAACGUGCCCAUGACUGUCGAGGACUUUGUACGCAACCUGCGAGGAUGCAACGGCACCGGGGACUACGACCAGCCGAUGCUCGAAGCCAUCUUCAAUUCAAUUAAGAGCGAGGAGAUGGUGAUGCCGGCGGAGCGCGCGGGGCCGGUGCGCGCGGCGUACCUGUGGCGCGUGCUGCAGCGGCGCGCGCGCGGGCCCGCCGCCGCCUACCGCGCGCCCUCGCUGCCGCACCACCACGCGCCGCUGCUGCCGCUGCUCUGCCCGCCCGCCAUAUCGGCGCUGUCGGCGGCGUUCGAGCGCGCGCCGCAGCCGAGCGCGGAGGAGGUGGGCGGUGGGCGGGGCGAGGGCGUGGCGCUGGCGGCGCUGGGCGGCCUGGAGCGCUUGGCGGCGCUGGUGGCGCGCCUGCAGCCCGACACCGUGUCGCUCGACACGCUGCUGCUCACCCUCUGCAAGUUCAGCGGACUGCUAGCGCCCCCGCACGCGGGCUACAUCGCUAUAGGCGUGUCGCUGGGGCAGUCAGCGAAGGCGCAGCUGGCGCUGCGGCGCGCGUGCGCGGUGGCGGCGCGCCACGCCGACUGCGUGCGCGACGCUUGGCGACACCUGCUGGAGAUGCUGCACACUCUCUACAUCGGACGACUGCUGCCCAAGUGCCUGGUGGAGGCGGAGGACUACCUGGCGCCGGGCGGCACGGUGUCGCUGCUGCGGGACCCGGCGCGCGGCGCUGACGCCGGCCUGCUCUCCAGCCUCUACUCCUACAUCGCGCUGGGGGAGACCGGUAUACGCGCUCCAACUCCCCACGAGAAAGCUCUGAUUGAUAUAGCGACGGACUGCGUGGCCAAGUGCAACUUCCCCGGACUGCUUAUUACUGAAACUAAGUUUUUACAGCUUGAAAGUCUACAGGAGUUAGUAAGAGCCAUGGUGACAGUGGGCACACCGCCUGACGCUGAAAGUCUACAGUUAAAUCCGCAUCUAGAAGAUAUCACUAUCUUCUUUUUAGAACUACUUGGUAAAACACUUAUACAAAAUCGCGACCGGGUGUCGAGCGUGUGGGGCGAGGCGAGCGCGCACCUGGAGCGCGUGGUGUGGUGGAUUACUAAUAUACGAGCUAUCGCUCGCAAACUUAACGCGGAAAAAAGUUCAAAAGGUCCUCGUGAAGGCGGCGAGGGCGAGGGCGGGGCGCGGCGCGGGCGCGGGCGGCGCAAGGGCGGGGACUCCAGCGACGAGGAGCUGGACACCCUCGACCAGUACCACAUGGUCAGCAUACAGCUGUUGGACCUGAUGCACACGCUGCACAGCCGCACGGCGCAGAUCUUCAAGUGGUGGCGGGAUGAGGCUGACCAGGGACAUGGUGGUGAAGACUACGACUUGUGGGAGGUGGCGUGGAAGCCAUUGCUGCAAGGCAUCGCUGAGUUCUGUACUGACAGGCGUCGACAGGUGGCGAACAGCGCGAUCGCGUACCUGCAGCGCGCGCUGCUGGCGCCGGCGCUGGGCGCCUAA